AUUGCUGAGAUAUAAUGGAUGUGUUUUUCCUCCCCUCUUUUCCCAGCUUAGACAGACCAUGACAAAGUUCUGCCAAGAGCAUUUGGCUCCAAAGGCCCAACAGAUUGACCAGGAAAAUGAAUUCAAAGGCAUGCGGGACUUUUGGAAGAAACUUGGAGAAUUAGGAGUUCUGGGAAUCACAGCCCCUGCGGAAUAUGGUGGAUCUGCCCUGGGAUACCUGGACCACGUGCUGGUGAUGGAGGAGAUCUCGCGUGCCUCAGCGUCCGUGGGGCUCAGCUACGGGGCCCACUCCAACCUGUGCAUCAACCAGCUCGUGCGCAACGGCAACGAGGCCCAGAAGCACAAGUACCUGCCCAAGCUAAUCAGCGGGGAGCACAUUGGAGCCUUAGCCAUGAGCGAGCCAAAUGCUGGCUCUGAUGUUGUGUCCAUGAAGCUGAAAGCAGACAAGAAAGGAGACUUCUUUGUUUUGAAUGGGAACAAAUUCUGGAUCACCAACGGGCCGGAUGCGGAUGUUCUCAUCGUCUACGCUAAAACUGACAUGAACGCUGUCCCGGCCUCCCAAGGCAUAACCGCCUUCAUCGUGGAGAGGGGAAUGCCAGGUUUCAGGACAGCCCAGAAGCUGGAUAAGCUGGGAAUGAGAGGGUCUAAUACCUGUGAAUUGAUCUUUGAAGACUGCAAGGUCCCCGCUGAAAAUGUCUUGGGGACACUGAGCAAAGGAGUCUAUGUUCUAAUGAGUGGAUUGGACCUGGAGAGGCUCGUGCUGUCCGGGGGUCCCCUGGGGCUCAUGCAAGCUGUUCUUGACCACGCAAUUCCAUACCUGCAUGUCAGAGAAGCAUUUGGACAGAAAAUUGGUCACUUCCAGCUCAUGCAGGGCAAGAUGGCAGAUAUGUACACACGGCUCAUGGCCUGCCGGCAGUACGUCUACAAUGUGGCCAAAGCCUGUGACCAGGGCCACUUCAACGCCAAGGACUGUGCCGGAGUGAUCCUGUACUCAGCAGAGUGUGCGACGCAGGUGGCCCUGGAUGGAAUCCAGUGCCUGGGUGGGAACGGUUACAUCAAUGACUACCCCAUGGGGCGCUUCCUGCGCGACGCCAAGCUCUACGAGAUCGGGGCGGGCACCAGCGAGGUGCGCAGGCUCGUCAUCGGCAGGGCCUUCAACGCCACCUUCAAGUAGCACUGCCAGUCCAGAGGCAGCACCAUGACCACCACGAGGCCUUGACCGUGAGGCUGGAGCGCACAACUCGGCUUCUUCCUGCCUGCCAUUCCAGCUUUGUCACUCUGCCUGCUCUGGGAACAGCUGCUGCUGGACUGGGCUUGGACAAAAUGAAUCAGAGGGUACAUGGAAGAAGAAGAAGUGUUUUUUCUCUUUUGUGAUCAUCCUGAUUCAUGGUGUUCAUGAGCUGUUGAUUCCCAAUUUUGCAAGGCAGAUGUUCAUCCCCCCCACCAGGCAGGCUGGCAAGGGGUGUGCAGCCACUCCUGCACCCAGGAAGUCAACCCAAACCCACCAAAAUGGACAAUGAGGGAACAACUUUGUUCUUACCAAAAAGAAGCGUGCCAUUAAACAGUUAGAAAUUACCAUAUUGCCAUUGGAAGGUGAAACUUCCUGCUGUGACCUUCCAGUGGGAUAAAUACCUUCCAUCCUGGGAACUCGACACCAACCACAUUGUGGGGUUGCUGUCAUGAACGCUUAAAGUCAUCUGUGCACAAACAGUGUUUUAGGUGCUGAUUCCUAAAACCUCCUUAAAUCCCAUGUGUGUUGCUUUGCAGAAUUCCUUUCCUAUUUGCAGCAUUCUGGCUGUUUCUGGAAUUAUUUGGGUGCAGGCCCAAGUCCUCGCUGUGCUGACUGCUCCCACCAGGUCAUUCUCUCAGAGUUGUCUCCACCCAUCACUCUGGGGACAAGUUAACACAUCAGAGCUGUAUUGUGACUUCUGUGAAUGAAGCAGGCAGAAAGAGCUGACUUCUUUGGGGUUUGGUUCCCUCUGAGGGUUGUUGUUUUGGCCAAGCCUGUCCGCACACUCCAACUCUGGGCAGCUGAGCAAUGUGUUUGUGAGUGAUCUCAGUGCAUCUUGUAUCCAGCAAAUGGGGGCUUUAUCCAGCUUUUUAAAGGAAAUUGCUCAGCAUCCUGCCAGCCUUUAAGUGUGAAUCACUAAUUCAAAUGAGCUGCUGGAAAUGUGAUUGAACAGUUAAUUAAACAGUUGCCAUGUAGGCAGCUCCCAGCAGUUUUAACAAAACUCA